AACAGCACCAGACGGAAGCCAGCUCUUUUCAAAGGCUGUUCCUAAGGCGCAGUUCACCGUGUAGGAAGUUUUGACCCUUUUUGUGCCUCUCUCCUGGGUUAUCCUGUCCAUAUCCUUGAGAUGCCUCCCAGGCUGACAGGAGAUUUGGCCUCUGUACAGUUAGCAGGAACUCCAAAUAGAUGGGAAGUGCUGUCUGCUACGCCUACCACCAUCAAAGAUGAAGCUGGCAAUAUAGUACAAAUUCCAGGGGCUGCCACAGUGACGUCAAGUGGGCAAUACGUUCUUCCCCUUCAGAGUCUGCAGAACCAACAGAUAUUUUCUGUUGCACCUGGGUCGGAUUCAUCUAAUGGUACUGUCUCUGAUGUCCAGUAUCAAGUAAUACCCCAGAUUCAGACAGCUGAUGGUCAGCAGGUUCAGCUUGGUUUUGCAGCCUCUUCUGACAAUGGCAGCGUAAAUCAAGAAACUGGUCAAAUUCAAAUCAUUCCUGGCUCCAAUCAAACCAUAAUUGCCUCUGGAACAUCUUCUAGUAAUAUUCAGAAUAUUUUAUCACAGACUGGCCAAGUCCAGGGCGUUACAAUUGGAGGUUCUUCUUUUCCAGGGCAAGCACAGGUAGUCGCUAAUGUCCCUCUUGGCUUGCCAGGAAAUAUUGCUUUUGUGCCCAUCAAUAGUGUUGAUCUAGAUUCUCUCGGGCUGAGUGGUUCUCAGACCAUGACUGCAGGCAUUAAUGCCGACGGACACCUGAUAAGUACUGCACAGGCAAUGGAUAGUUCAGACGCUUCUGAUAGGACUGCUGAACAGGUUUCUCCUGAAAUGACAGAAACUGCCACUGAUACAGACUUAUUUGUGCCAACAUCAUCAUCGUCACAAAUGCCUGUUACUAUAGACAGUAGUAGUAUACUGGAACAAAAUGCAAACAGCUUGCCCACCACUACUGGUCAGGUACACUGUUCUGAUCUUCAGGGAAAUUACAUCCAAACAUCUGUCUCGGAUGAGGCGCAGGCUCAGAAUAUUCAGGUCUCCACAGCACAGCCUAUUGUACAGCAUAUACAGCUCCAAGAGUCUCAGCAAACAACCAGUCAAGCCCAAAUCGUACAAGGUAUUGCGCAACAGACAAUCCACAGUGUGCAAGCCAACCAAGGUAUAUCACAGCAGGCAUUGCAGAAUCUUCAACUUCAGUUGAAUCCUGGAACUUUUUUAAUCCAGGCACAAACAGUGACCCCAUCCGGCCAGAUAACUUGGCAAACGUUUCAAGUGCAAGGAGUCCAGAACUUACAGAAUUUGCAGCUACAGAAUGCUCCUGGCCAGCAGAUAACGUUGACACCUGUGCAGACACUCACUCUGGGUCAAGUUGCAGCAGGUGGGGCUUUGACAUCGACUCCUGUUAGUCUAAGUACUGCUCAGUUGCCAAAUCUACAGACAGUUACAAUAAAUUCCAUAGACUCUGGUGGCAUUCAGCUACACCCAGGAGAAAACGCGGACAGUCCUGCAGAUAUUAGGAUUAAAGAAGAGGAGCCUGAUCCGGAAGAGUGGCAGCUUGGUGGUGAUUCGACACUGAAUACCAACGACCUGACACAUUUGCGAGUGCAGGUGGUAGACGAAGAAGGGGACCAACCGCUUCAAGAAGGGAAAAGAUUGCGAAGAGUCGCAUGUACCUGUCCUAAUUGUAAAGAAGGUGGCGGAAGGGGCACUAAUUUGGGAAAAAAGAAACAGCACAUCUGUCACAUACCAGGUUGCGGGAAAGUGUACGGAAAGACGUCUCACCUGAGAGCUCACCUCCGCUGGCAUUCUGGAGAGCGUCCAUUUAUUUGCACUUGGAUGUUCUGUGGCAAAAGGUUCACCCGCAGUGAUGAACUACAGCGGCACAGGAGAACGCAUACAGGGGAGAAGAAGUUUGUCUGCCCAGAAUGUUCAAAACGCUUCAUGAGAAGUGACCACCUUGCCAAACACAUUAAAACGCAUCAAAAUAAAAAGGCUAUCCAUGCCAGCAGUACAGUGCUGGCAUCGGUAGAAGCAACACCGGAGGAUACUUUGAUUACUGCAGGUGGAACAACACUUAUCCUUGCUAAUAUUCAACAAGGUUCUGUUUCAGGGAUAGGAACUGUCAAUACAUCUGGCACCAGCAAUCAAGAUAUUCUUACUAACGCUGACAUACCUUUACAGCUUGUUACUGUUUCUGGAAAUGAGACAAUGGAAUAAAUAUUACACAAGAUACCUAUUAAUUGUGGUUAUUUUUAUACAGUAGUGAGAAGAAUAUUGUUCCUAAGUUCUUAGAUAUCUUUUUAUUGAUGUGCAAAAAUUUUUUGGAUUGACAGUAACUUGGUUGUACACGACACUGA